UCAAAGCUCAUUCUUUUAGCGUCAGCUGCCCCGAUUUGUUUGGUGUGAAUAUUUUUCUUGAACCGUUUUACCCGUUACUACACGCAUUUCGAUUAUCGCAUACCGUCGCAUACAGCAGAGUUUUAUUAUUAUUAUAUUUUUUUAUCAGAAUAAAGAAAAUGAGAUUCGCCUUUCAGUUUCUCGUUUUCGCUAUGGCCGUAUGUCUCGCCAAUGGCCAUUCUGACGAUGAAGCUUGGAAUGAUUACAAGUUACAACACGGAAAAGAUUACAUGAGUUACUUCGACGGCGGACUGCACGACAACGAGCGCAAAGAACUUUUUCUGGCUCAAAGUGUCGAAAUUCAUCAACACAACAACGGGGAUUUACCGUCCUUCACUCAAGAGCUCAACAAAUUCUCCGACAUGUGGCCAUCAGAAAAGUCAAAAUAUCUCGGCCUCAAAUCUUCCAGGGCGCCUUCCAUUCAGUUUAUGAAAUCCAUUCAAAGAUAUUAUCCGUUAUUGAAUAAUCGACAGUCUCUUCCUGCAGAACUUGACUAUCGAUCCGACGAUUGCAUGGCGGCAAUUAAAGACCAGGGACCGUGUGGAAGCUGUUGGGCGUUCGCUGCCGUUACUCCUCUCGAGUUCAAUUCCUGUAAGAAACACAGGCAAACUCCAGUCGCUCUGAGCGAACAGCAACUGGUCGAUUGCGAUAUAUUCAACAACGGCUGCAACGGCGGAUGGUACACGCAGGCCUGGCAACAUAUCAAGCUAGCUGGUGGACUUGCUCGGGAAUCGCUAUACCCUUACACAGCCACACGAAACUUUUGCCCAUUCUGGUUCUUGUGGUUCAUGACCGGUGCUCGGGUUUUUAGGUACGAUUACGCCCCAGCCAAUGACGCCGUGGCUAUGCAAUCAGCUCUGCAACAAUACGGCCCCCUAACAGUUGCCAUUGCUAUCGCAAACUCCUUUUUCUCCUACAAAGAUGGCGUGUACGACGCAACGGAUUGUGAUAACGUGGAUGUCAAUCACGCAGUAGUCGUCGUCGGCUGGGGUAAUAAGGACGGAGUCGAUUACUGGAUCAUCCGCAACUCGUGGGGAACCGGUUGGGGACUAAGCGGCUACGGUCUAAUCCACCGCGGCGUCAACAAAUGCAAAAUGGAGUCCUAUCCCGCCUACGUUAGGCCCCUCUGAUUUUUUGACUCGAUUGUAUACAUAUCAUAAUAAUACUUUAA